AUGUCUGACAACCAGCCCGACAUGCUUCCAACGCGUCUGCAUGGACUGCUUACCCAGCCAUUGAUUCCCAGCCCUGUUAUCAACUGGAUCCUUCCAGCGCGUCUUCGAGAUAAAGACCACAACGAUGUGGUUUUCAUUGGAGAGCGGCGAAUUCAAAUCAAGGAAGCCCUGCCUAGUGGUCAUCUUCAAGAUGUCGUCGAAAAAUCUGACCUUGAAGGCUCCAUUAUUGGGGCAAAGGUCAUCAAUGUAAGCACCCAAGGUGCAUCAGGUUUGAUGGCUCACUAUUACGAUAACGACAACAAUCAUCUGCCUCCUCAAAUCCUUUUCCUUGCUACGGACUCAAAUGAGCUCCUUUUCAUGUACUACUCAGAGGUCGGAGACGGCCCAUUUGUUUGCUACAAUCGACCUCUGCCCCGCGAUGUCAACAUAGCCGACAAGUAUGGCAAGCAUAUAGCUGUCGAUCCCAAAUCGCGUGCGGUCGCAGUCAGCGCGUCGCGUAAUUUUUUCGGUAUCUUGUGGUUGAAAUCUGCGGCCGAACUCCAGGCGCAGAUGGCUCAGGGGAAGCUGAACCCACUUGAAAGUGAAAGUUUCUUACAAGUGGAUGGCGAUAUCUUGUUUAUGGAAUUCCUUUACCCGAAAGACGACAAUGACAAACGGACCAUUCUACUGCUUAUUGUCUAUAAGCUUGGCUCAACACGAUCUAUGGUCUUCGAGUGGAAUGAAGACAGUAUGCCCAGCCGCAUGAGUCCCAAAUUUACCUCAAAUUUUCUGCCUCAGCAAGACCAGUUGCCUAGCAUGGUCAUCCCUUUGGCCAAAGAAUCUUCCUACCUCUUGAUUACCACAAAUUCCAUGGCGAUGUACACUCCCAAUUCCUCCUUUCGUCCGAUGCGAUACCCGCCAAUCAUUCCCGAUACCGAAUCAUCCGAAGCUGGACUAUGGACUCGCUUCGCUAGACCUUCGCGGAACCGGAUGUACAGUCAGAGGUACGAUGGAAUCUUGCUCUGUCAAGAAAAAGGCUGGAUCUAUUAUCUCGAGUUUGGCAACGAUGGUGAACUUGAAACCCAGACUUCUUUGGGUCAACUCCACUGCGAUGUUGACACUGCAUUUGAUAUCCUUGAUAUGGGCUAUGAAGGUGGUGACUUCAUUAUCGCUGCUGGAAGCCAUGGUGGUGGUGGGUUGUUUGUCCAGGAGGCACGGGAUCGCCCCAUAUGUGUUCAGCGAUUCCUCAACUGGGCACCAGUUUCCGAUGCAGUUAUUAUUCCCUCAAACCCCCCAGCCGUCUUGAAACAUAAUUCAUAUGAUUACGAUCGGCUCUUUGUCAGCUCGACCUCUGCUUCAGGCACUGGAGCUAUUACUGAACUUCGAUAUGGCAUUGAGGCUCAGAUUGGUGUCUCAGCGGCAUUGGGUGAAUUGUCCAGCAUACGUGAUAUGUGGGCUGUGUCAUUCGGUGCUAAGGAUUCAAUCUACCUGCUUGCUUCUGAUCCGCUUUCAUCGAUGCUUCUUCGUACGACUCCCGACAUGAGAGAUGGCAUUACUGCGCUUGAGGACGAUACAGGCUUGGACAUUCAGCAGACUUUGGCAAUGGACUGUACACCCUCCGGUGUUAUUGUUCGGGUCACAGAAAGAGCUGUGCACUUUUUCGUUCCUACUGAUUUUACUCUCAACAGCUGUGUUGAGCAUGACCCCCAUGUAUUUGUCACAGCAGCCAUUGUGGAUGGCCCAAGUUCCACUGUGAUCAUGACUACAAGAAGUAACAAAGGGAAUUUUCUCCAUAUUCUUCGGGUAGUCACGACUGAAGGAUGUGCUUCCUCCCUAUCUGAUCAUGAGCCUCCAUACCCGCUCCAAAAAGAACCCAUCUGCAUCUCCUACCAGAAUUGGGGAGAACUUGGAUUCAUUUUCCUGGGCACCAGCGAUGGCACAGUGCUAUCAUUCGAAGUUUACAAUGAGACUGGUGGAAUCAGACAACAUGCUGACACUCUUAUUGAAAUCGUCGACAGUCCAGAAGACGUGUCAGAACCAAUUGAAAGCCUCGCUGUGAUCAAUACUCUCUCAGACGACGGGAUUCACGCGUUCCUUUUCUGUGGGCUGCGAAGUGGCACACUUGUUCCAUUCGAGAUAGAUACAACCAUCGUGAAUGUGCACGGUGACCCUGUCUUCGGUUUCAAAUGUUUAAAACAAAGAGCGCCACACCAUCUUGGGCAAACAUCAAUCAUCGUCAAAUCCUACAACAAUUUUGCUUUGUUUACAUGUGGAGAUGAUUUCUGGCGUGUGUCAUAUGCCCCGGAUGGCAAUGGCUCUGACUAUUUCCUAUCUCGUGUUUGGAUUACAGAUCAAAACUGUCCCGCAUACUUCCCCACCAGAUUCAGCAGCUUCGACAUUGUCGAUGUAAAAGAUCGCUGGUCCGAGGUUCCAAUUACAUACUUGUUUUGUUUUGCAGAUGGUCAGCUUCUGGUAUGCUCUCUGGAACAAGAAGCAAAGGUCGUUCCCCGACGCAUCGACAUUCCCGGAAAUCCCAGCAAGCUCACCUACUCCAACCAUCUCCGGAGUCUCAUUGUUUCAUAUUCUGUCGCCGAGGUCGGAAACCAAGCAAGGCCUUUUGAUCUUUCCCGCACGGCAUAUGUCGAAUUUGUGGACCCAAACACACAGUCGCCAGUAGUCUCUAACGACAUGGACAUGGUUUCUCAAGGCCUUCUUCCCUGGAGACCACAUGGAGUUUCUGGUGAGAAAAUCACAUGCAUUUUUGACUGGAUGCCAGAAAGAGAGGGCAAUGCAUACCAUCUUAUCGCGAUUGGGACUUCAAUCAAUCUACCUCACCAACCCAAUAACUACCAAGGUCGAUUGAUGCUCAUACAAGCGUCUCGAGAUUCCAACUAUCCUGGGCAGAUCACUUGCAUUGAUAAGCACACACAACGGUUUAAGGACCCUGUUUAUGCGAUGGCGGCAUGCGAGGAUAGCUUGAUUGUUGUCUCUGGGAAGAAAUUCUUCACGGUUAGCUCACGAAACUCUCAAACAAAAUGGGUUCGAAAUAUUACAGCGACCCUUCCAUCUACAGCUGUCGCGAUGGAGGUGCGAGGAAAGAUGAUCUACGUCACCAGCUCGAGACACUCCCUGCUGGUCUACAAGAUUGUGGAUGGGGACAUCCAGAUGCACGGGUUCGACCCAAUUUCACGCGAUGGUUUGUCUCACACUCUUAUGCCCGGGUAUGGAAUUCAAUCGGAUCUCAUUUUUGUGAGUACCCGAGGCGGGGCUACCCGGGCUUUCACAGACCUUGAUCAACCAGGGGACCUUGUGCCACGUCCAACGGCCAAUCUCCCCGUCUCAUUGAUCAAGCUCGCUCGGGGCAUCAAGUCUCCAGAUUCGCUGACGACCACCAAAACCUUUUAUGGUUUCGGCAUCAAUGGAUCGGUCUACAGACUCUUGGCCCUUGAUGCAGAGGAGUUGCGCCUCCUUCAACUUCUGCUGAACAUCUGCCUUAGGGACGAGGUCAUCUGUCCCUCCCUGUCCCGCAGAUAUCGCUACCUUGAUGCGAUCAACCAGGUCGAGAACAACAUGCAUAUCGACGGCAAUAUCCUAGCCCGCCUCGCCAGUCGCAACUCGAAAUACCUGGAUGAGAUUCUCAUGGCAUGCAACAGGAGUCAGUUCAAGGACCUGACCCCCGAAACUGUGCACAUGUUCUUCGGGGCAGUUGAGGACGUGCUUGGGGUUCAUGUCAACCAUACCCAGGCUCUCUUCAGCUGGCUCCGGAAGAUGCUGCACAUUGAGAUCUAA